GACAAGCUGGUGACUCCUAGUUACAGGGCGGCAGCUUCGAUCGCACAUGGCAGACGACAAAAGGGUUGUGUUUCAGCUCGCAAAGCGGUUCACAAAUAUAUUCAGAACACACUAUGCAGCCGGUCUGUAUACCUCAGUGUUGUGUGCAGCCUGUCCGAGUGGUGAGAUGCCUUUGGAUUUACGGCGUAAAAAACAACAUUAAUUUAUUGGGUUAGGCUGAAAGGCUGUAAAGUUGAGCAUCCCACUGCUACUGUUCUAGAUGACUGCUGGGAAUAUACAAGUAGACAAGGCAGUGGUUUUGGUUGGACAGUUGGAAAAACUUGCUGAUGAGAAUGGUUGGAGGUUGGCCCUUCCGUGGUGAUUCAGUAUGGGGAUGUGCUUACCGUGCCUUGGUGGACCUGGAAACGACUUGUCCACCACACCAGAUCGAGAGACAAGGAGACGUGAGCUGGCAGAGGCCGCUGAGAAGAGACAGAAAGAGACAACCUACAGGGGUGUCAAAAACCCCCAAGCAGUUGAGAGAAAUAAAAAGAAUAAGGAGAUGGAGAAACAAGAGAUGAGACCGUCUCCGCCUGGAGAAGGAGGAGGAGGAGGGAUGAAGGUUAGUCCUCAUAUUUUCAACACAGAUUAUGUCAUGUCACAGUCUGCCUGCAACUUCAGGAGUGGCAGGUAGGCUAAAGAUAGACAUGGAGAGAUCCUGGAAGUCUCAAUGUAGACUGAGGUUCAGCUAACAACAUGAAGAUGGUACCAGUUGACUUAAAGGCUUUUUUUUUUUGAAUAUCAGCCCUUAUACUAGAUUUUUUAUUUUUAAAUGCAAGCCUUUUUUAGAGGCGAUUGUGUGUCUGCAUCUCUCAACUUCGUAGGAUAGUUUGCCGGGCUUCGACGCUGGUAAAAUAAAUAAAUAAAAGAUUCUGCUGCCCAAUGUUGGCCGUGUGAAUCACAGGACAUGCCUCCCUUAAUGCCAAGAUAUACAAGAGAAUAUGCAAGCCAGCCAAUGGAGCUUUGGAACAGACAGGGCGGCGUAGCUAUGAAUAGAAUAUAAACACUCAGAGGAAAUAUGCUCUCACACUACAUCGAUAAACUGUACCAGGCGUCUUGCAGUGAACUCUCUCUCUUUGUGUUCUCUUUGUCCUCUCGCCUUUCUUUCUCUCAGCCAUUUCCACUUUGCCAGCUUUAACACCAUGGCGCUUACUUCUUUUGCAAUUGUUUCAGACAUUUUGAACUUUGAGGAAUAUUCUUGUGAUCUAUUUACUGUAUAGUAUAUUUUCCUUCUAAAAUUAUUUUAUGCAACAAAGUCCUUUUUACUGUUCAAAAUAGGCCUAGAUGAUUCAAAUGUCAUUUUCUAUUGUAGAUCAGUGUGAAAAGAACUACGUUUCCCAUAGCUACUGAUGAACCACAUGUGAACGUUUUAGAGUUCCCGCACCAGAACUAUUCAGUUGACUUUUCUAUUGUAGAUCAGUGUGAAAAGAACUACGUUUCCCAUAGCUACUGAUGAAUGUUUUAGAGUUCCCGCACCAGCACUAUUCAGUUGACUUCACUUUAGUGUUUGAUUUUCAUAUGUCUGUGCAAUAUAAGUUAUUUGCUACACGUUGUAUUGGUUUGUAAUGUAUGAAGAAAAUGCUAUAUUUUAAAUGAGGUAAGAAGUUUGAGUCGUGAAAGCCUGAUGAAAGUGGUUUUUUAUGCAUGAAUAUUUCUUCUUUUUUCCCUCUCAUUUCAACCUGUUCUGUAAUAUUGUUGUCAUGACAAUGUUCCAGGAAUUAUUUUAUCCAAACAUACACCGGUGUCACAAUGUUCUUUCUUGGGUAUGCAGUCUGUUGUCAGGAUGGUAAUAGGACUACCGUUAUUCACCAGGUUUCAGUCCAUUUCAGUUCAGGAAGUACACUGAAAUUACAAUGAUCUGCAAUGCUUUUCAAUGAGGAACAUUUUUUUUGGAUUUACUUUCUGAAUUGAAAUAGAAUUGACCCCAACCCUGUCAUCCACUGGGGCGUACCUGUCCACGAUGAUAACUGCAGAUCUGUCAUCCACUGGGGCGUACCUGUCCACGAUGAUAACUCUGCAGAUCUGUCAUCCACUGGGGCGUACCUGUCCACGAUGAUAACUCUGCAGAUCUGUCAUCCACUGGGGCGUACCUGUCCACGAUGAUAACUCUGCAGAUCUCAGAAGGAAAUGGGAAGAGAGCCUGAACCAGCAGGUGUUAUUGUGCACUUGGAAGUAUUGCAUUUAUACCUGCCUUGCUUUUUAUACUUGAGGUUUCUUCUUCCUAUACCCACCUAGUGCUUCAAAGGCUCUUGCCACUUUGAGGUGCAUGAAGUCACGCCAAUGUCAUUUUGUUGAAAUAAAGUUGUCAGAUGACUGUU